AUGGAGCUGGAGCAGAGAGAGGGGUCCAUGGCAGCCGUGGGCUUUGAGGAGUUCUCAGCACCUCCCGGCUGGGAGCUGGCACUGCCUCUGCUGUUUGGUGGUCACAUCCUGGAGAGCGAGCUUGAGACCGAAGUGGAGUUCGUGUCUGGGGGUCUGGGCAGCUCCCGCCUCCAGGAGCGAGAGGAAGAGGAGGAGGCAGCCCAAGGCGGGCGGCAGCAGUGCCAAGGGGAACUCAAUCACAGGAAGUACCAGGUGCUGGGUCGGCGCUGCAGGGAGAUCGAGCGGGUCCUGAACAAGCUCCAUCAGAUACAGAGGCUAACACGGAGACUCCAGCAGGAGCGGAGGUUCCUCAUGAGGGUGCUGGACUCCUACAGCGACGACUACCGGGCCAGCCAGUUCACCAUCUUACUGGAGGACAAGGGCAGCCAGGGUACAGACGCCCCCACCCCAGGCAAUGCUGAGAAUGAGCCUCCAGAGAAAGAGGGGCUGUCCCCGCCCAGGAGGACGCCAGCGCCCACAGAAGCCAGCAGCCCAGCCCCUGGCGAGGGGCCCAGCAGUUGGAAGAGGCAGCGAGUGCCACAGGAAGGCUGCCGGGAGGGAGUCCCACUGACUCUGGAGCUGGCCCCUGUGCAGACAAAGGUGGAGGAAGACUUUGGCUUCAAAGCAGUUGAGGAUCUGGACUCAAGUUGGGUUUCUCGGGGGCCAGACAAGCUGCUGCCCUACCCGACCCUAGCCAGCUCCCCCUUUGACCCCCCAAUAAACAGACCCCAUGCUCUCCUCAAAAUGACUACAAGUAAAGAUGAAAAUGAAAAUUGA